AUGCGAAGAGAUGUACGAGCUUUUGUGGUUUCCUGUCAAACCUGUCAGCAGAUGAAGGUCAGUAAUAGAAGUUCCGCUGGCCUCUUACAGCCUUUACCCAUUGCAAAUGUGGUUUUUGAAGAAAUCGCAAUGGAUUUCAUUACUUCUCUUCCUAGUUCUAAGGGAAAGGCCACAAUAUUGACCGUGGUGGAUCGUUUGUCCAAAUAUGGCCAUUUCAUUCCGCUGUCGGCCACUUUCACGGCCUAUUCUGUUGCCGUAGCUUUCGUGGCACAUGUUAUCAAGCUACAUGGUCUUACUCCCUUUCAAGUAUUAUAUGGAAGGGAACCUCCUUCUGUAUCUCGCUACAUCUUGGGUACUGCUACAGAUGAUUUGGUUGAGAAAUACAUGCUUAGAAGGGAUGAAGUGUUGACCGUGCUAAAAGAGAAUCUGCACCGAGCCCAAAUUCGUAUGAAAACCUAUGCUGAUGCACACCGGACUGAUCUGCAGCCGGAGGUUGGUGAUUGGGCUUUUGUAAAGCUCAAACCUUAUCGGCAGUUGUCCCUCAGACUCCGAAACUGCCACAAACUAGGCAAGAGGUAUUUUGGUCCUUAUCGAGUGGUUAAACGAAUUGGUUCUGUGGCCUAUAAACUUGAUCUUCCAGCAGAUGUGCGUAUUCAUCCUGUCUUCCACAUAUCUAUGCUUAAGAAGUGCGUUGGGACUCCAGCUGAACAAGUAACUCCAUUAAUUCCAACGUCAACAGAAGAACAACUACCUCCGAACCUUGAGGACAAGGUUCUCAUUGGGAGGAAAAAGAUCACCACUUUUCUGAUAGCAAUGGGAGAACGGAGAAUUGAAAUCGAAGAGCUUUAG